UUUCCUCGAUUCCUUCCUUCUCCUCUCCCAGAGAAUCCCCUCGUCUCUCUAUCACCUUUCGCAAAUGGAUCCAUGGGUUGAGAAUCAGGAAAGGAAGGAGAUGAAGAAGAUGAAGAAACAUUUUGACAUGCUUCAGUUUAUUUGCGAUGCUGAACACGGGAUUCCAACUUCGUGCCCAUGUGGGGGACGAAUCGUCGACGAGGUUUCUACUAAUCCAACAGAUAAGGAUUUUCUACCAGGCCGAAGGUACUUCACUUGUAAUGAGUACAAGAAUGAUGGGUUCCACUUCCGUCAACCAUGGGUUCUCGGGGUUGAGGAAGAGGUUCGCUCCUUAAGGCAGGAUGUGGACAAAAUGGCUGAAGAGAUGCACAAAAUGGCUGAAGAAAUUGCUCAGCUUAAGGACCUUCUUACCCGUAAAUGAGAAGCCUUAUGUUGUUUGGAUUUGUGUCUUUAGUUUGAGAUCAGAUCUCCUUUAGUUUCUGCAAUAAGCCUUAUGUUUGGAUUUGUGGAAUUGUGUGAUGUUGUGUUAA